AUGAGGCUACCCUUUCAACAACGCCGCGCGGUGCGGCGGCCAAAGCCGGCGGGCUCGCGUCUGCUCGCGCUGGCCGCAUUCGCGCUCCCCCUAUCACAGGCCUUCGAGUUCCGGCCAGCUCCCCCUGCGAACCUCGACCUCUCCAACCUGGGAAGCAUAGCCAUCGCGGGUGACUUCAACGGCAUCUCUCUCUACGAAUUCGAGGGCCAGACCUCGAGACCACUGAGCACAAACGGCAGCCAAUCUCUCUUUGCUCGACUGCCAAACGGCGCCCUCGCUCCAGUUGCUGCCACGGAUGCCUCGAUUCGAACCAUGUGCACCUUCAAACGCAAAAACGGCGAUUUCGGUGGAGUAGUCAUUGGCGGUAAUUUUACGAGCCUCAAUGGCACCGAGUCGACGGGCAUCGCCCUCUUCAACCCCAACACAACCGAGGUGACACCGCUUGGCGGGCUGGAAGGCGAGGUUCGCGCCGUCUACUGCGAUCAAGAGCGAGACACCGUCUACGUCGGUGGGCAAUUCAAAGGUGCCGAUUCCACAAACGCCAUCGCCUGGUCUGGCGAGAAGAAGAACUGGAUCAACCUACCCUUUGCUGGAUUCAAUGGCCCGGUGGAAGCCAUCACCAGAGCUCCCAACGGCCACAUAAUUUUCGGAGGAAACUUCACCGGCCUCGGCAACACCAGCACGCCGAGUCGGCCCGACGAGCAGACGAUAAACCUUUCCACCGCCAACAUCUCCGCCACCAAUACUGCCUCGACCGACGGCUUCUCCGACCCCAAGAGUUUGGCCUGCUCGUCUGGCUCGGAUGGCUCUGGCCAGACGUGGCUUUUGCAGGACAAGACCCCGGGCACUUGGGGCGCGAGCUUCGGCUUCGGCUUCGAACCGACAAAGCUUAGGCUAUGGAACACGCGCCAGGACGGCCGCGGCACCAAGACGUUUCGCUUCCUCGCGUUCCCCAUCAACGGGAUCAUGAACCUGACCUAUGUCGAUCCCGCGACGGGGGAAAACGCCACAUGCACCAGCGAGUGCCCCCUGAGUAAUGACCCCAAGGCCGAGUAUCAAGACUUUCACUUUGUGAACCGAGUCGGCAUGAACAGCUUCCAGAUUGCCAUCUCCGACUGGUAUGGCAACGGCGGCGGCCUUGCCGGCAUCAGGCUGUUCCAAGACGACAUCUUUACGUACGCCGUGUCCGAUUUCAACGAACCCAGCUGCGGAGGGACGCGAUUCCCGUCGAGCGCCUCGUCUACGGGACCGUGGAAACAGUCGCCCUCGGUGCAGAGCAACGCCGACUACCUGACUGCAGAUCUGUCUGGACCCGUCACGUCCAAGUCGGCUUCGGUUGUGUUUUAUCCCAGCAUUCGUGAGUCGGGCAACUACUCCGUCAACAUGUAUACGCCGGGCUGCAAGCCAGACCAGACAUGCGGGAGGCGUGGCCAGGUGAAUGUCACGGGUACCAUGUCGGCCGGCUCAGUCAAUGCCCGGUUUUCGGCCACCAUCUCCCAAACCAACAACUUUGACAAGUACGACCAGAUCUACUUUGGCUACGUCGACAAGACGUCGGACGGCUUCAAGCCCAGCGUGACCAUUACCCCGCUCGCGGGCCAACGCGUCGACAGGUUGACGGUUGUCGCCCAGAGGCUGGGGUUCACGCUCACAAACUCGACCGGAGGGCUCAAUGGGCUUUUCGACUUUGACCCGACCAGCGAAACCGUGGAUGUUUCCAAGUUUGAGAAGUCGCCAAUCAACAAGCUGGGGUCCGAGUUCAACCGCAAUUCGGGCGUCACGUCGCUGGUGACUUCAGGCGACAUCAUUUACAUCGGUGGGGACUUCAAGUCUGACAAGCAUGAGAACACGGUAGCCUUGGGCGGGGAAAAAAACCAGGUUCGGUCACUUGAUGGGGGUCUCAAUGGGCAAGUCCUUCACAUGCUCCUCGACAACUCGAAACUCUAUGUGGGAGGUGACUUUACCAACAAGCAGUCCGGCUCCCAGGAGGGCCUGAAUCACAUUGCGGUGUAUGACGAGCAAGCAAAGUCGUGGGGUGCGCUGGGGGCCGGUGUCAACGGACAGGUGCAAUACGUCUCACCCUUGGUGGUGAAUAUAACCAGCGACUCCACAGAAACAGCAAUCGCUUUUUCUGGAGCCUUUUCCGAGUGCAAGGGGUUCGGGAACAACAAGGCAGUUGCCGUCGAUGGGUUCGCCGUCUGGGUCCCGUCAAAGAGCAACUGGCUACAGAAUCUUGCUGGGCCGCACCCUGCCUACAGCGGUGUCCUGACGGGCGCUGCUUUCGAUCUUCCCAACAACGAAACGCUCUAUGCUGGCUCGGUCACAUCGGCCCAGGUUGGUGCCAACGGUGCUGUCGCUGUCAACGAUCAAGGCCUUAGAGAGCUCCCCGUCAGGAUCCAGGCGCAGUCUUCAUCGGCCUCUUCGGUGAUCCGCCGAGAUGGCCUCUCGGGCGACUCCCUCCGCGGCGUGAUCACGGGGACCUUUUACGAUAAUGGCAACACCAACAUCACGGUCCUCGCCGGACGCUUCACGGCUCAGGCGACCAACGGAUCCACAAUCAACAACCUCGUGUUCAUCGACGGCAACGAGAACGGCUCGGUUAGCGGGCUCGGACCCGGCAUUUCUACCGAUUCCACCUUCACUACGGUUGCAGUACAAGGGAGCGUGCUCUACGCUGGAGGCAAAGUCAGCGGCACCAUUCAAGGCAACCCAAUUAGCGGCCUCGUCGCCUACGACAUGAACAGCAAGGCGUGGGCCAACCAGCCGGCUCCGAUUUCUGGCGGCAAGGGCAUCGUGUCUGCCCUCAGCGUACGGCCAAAGACGGCCGAGGUCUACGUCGCGGGCUCCUUUGACCAGGUCGGCGCCCUCGACUGCCCCGGCAUCUGCAUGUAUAACGCAGACUCGCACCAGUGGCUCCAGCCCGGGAACGGCUUGGCGGGCGAUGUGUCCUGUCUCAUGUGGUCUAGCGACUCGACGCUCCUUGCCGGCGGCGACCUGCGCGCCAACAGAUCCGACACGCAGUAUCUGGCGUCUUACAACGUGAAGGAGCAGACGUGGGUGGACUUUCCGGGGGCUGAUGCCAUACCAGGACCGGUCCAGGUGAUGACGCCCGGGUCGAGUGACGGCAACCAAGUCUGGGUCGCCGGCAAGUCGGCACGGGACGGGUCGGUCUUUCUCAUGAAGUACGACGGCAAAAACUGGAAAACCGCGCAGCAAGCCCUCCCUUCCGGCAGUGUCUUGCGAAGUCUGCAAGUCUUUACCCUCACCAAGAGCCACGACAAGACGGACAUUCUCGACGACAAGCAGGCACUGAUGGUGACUGGCUCCAUCGACUUGCCCCAGGUCGGCCUGGUCUCUGCCGCCCUGUACAACGGCACGCACUACCUGCCAUACGCUCUAACGACACACUCGGGCAACGGUACCGGAAGUAUCGGCAAGAUCUUUACGCAAAAGGACGACUUCUUCUCCUCGGGAGGAGGUAAGAUGCCGCUGGUCUUCAUCGUUCUCAUCGGCCUUGCGAUAUCGCUCGCGCUCAUCCUCUUGAUGGUCCUGGCCGGCAUCAUCCUCGACCGGCUGCGAAAGAAGCGCGAAGGGUAUACACGAGCACCGACGUCGAUGUACGACCGCGGAAGCGGCAUCCAAAGGAUACCGCCGCACGAACUGCUCGAGUCCCUCGGCAAGAGCCGUCCAGCCGCGCCACACGUGUGA